AUGACGCACCUCAGUGUAUACGGUGGUUUAUUCUCUGAUCCACCACUAAUUUCCACAGAUGCCGAUCCAAAGCUCACGGAUCCGUACAAUAAGAUGGAUACCAUCCCAUCACGUUAUCUUGGCAAAGGGAUGACCAUAGGCCGUGGGGCUACAGGAGCAGGUCCGGAAGUAUUUUUUGACAAAAAGUUUCUCACUUUGGCUUCUCAGGAACAAAACGGGGGUAAAGAUGUUGGACCUUUUGAAGAUUUAGAAACCCGAAGUCGUCAAGAGGCGUUGGAAUCCAAAAAGAAGAAUAUUUCCACUAAAGAGUUUUUACCACCUUCUUUUCCAAAGCAUAGUGAUGGUCCUGGAAGUUACGCGGGUUGUUUCCAGAAUCGGCCGUAUGAAUUUAUUAUGCCAGGUGAAGAAGAUGAUAAGAAAAAACGACGACAUCGUAAAAAGAAUGCAGAUGAAUCUGCUGAGGGUGAUAAACGUAAAACUGCUCUUCCAAAUGUAAAGACAAAUCCGGGAAAGAAAGGUACAUAUGGUUUUCCUGGUGUUCUUUUAAAUAACCCAAAGUACGAUGAUAACUGGCGACAAGAGUAUGAACGGUGGGAGGCGGCAAAAGCGAAAGCAGAGAAAAAAGCUGCACCACCUAAAGAAAUGGGAGGUCCAUUUAAGGUACCAGGUGUUACGCACGACUACUUAGAUGAACUUCCUGGUACGGGAGUAUCAGGUGUAUAUCACUUUGAACCUGUAGAGGAAAAACCAUCAAAGCGCAAGAGGCGUGCAAAGGCUGCGGCAGCAGAUGUCCCAGUGUUUGAGCAAGAGAAACCAAUGACCUUCAUCUGGAGCAGAUCCGGUAAUGAGGGUUGUUUUGAUCCCUUUCCCAACACUUGGAUCGAUCCUGAUGCGAUGGAGGCCGCAAAAAAUAAAGGGAAGAAGAAGAGGAAGAAUAGGAAACAAAAUGCAGAAUAUGUUCCAGGACCACCAAAAGGGGCUACUGGUAUUUGGAAACCCAACUCAUUCCCGGACACAACAGUGGUACAGUCUUGUCUUCGCCGAUUUUACUGA